AUGCUUACAUGGCCGGUAUUCACAGACGAGUUCUGCAACGAGAAGUUCAACGUGUUCGUGGGAGAAAAGGGCAGAGGAGAAGUUCAGGUGAAGUUGGGAGUCGUUACGGUGGCGGAAACUGAACCGAACUAUCUCCCAGUCGUUGACCAACCUCACUUUGCUCGUAGACAUGGACUUGUCAAACAACAAGUUGUCCAGGAUGAUACCCGAGAUGGCCCCGUUCGACACCUUCCCGAACUACCUAUUCUCAACCAACUCGGGCCUAU